UCGUGCCGUCUCAUUAGCCCACCAGGAAAGCUCAUUCAACAGCAUUAUUGCAGACAGCGAGCAAUAAAGUGGUCUAACGUUUACAUCCUCGGAAGACAGGAGAGCAUUGUAUCAUGUUUGCAUACAACAUUUUCUUCUUGGUCCUGUUAUCCACUACUCUGAGCUGGGCUGAUCCUGAUUUGGACAAUGCUAUUGAGAAUGACUACAUGCCAAGAAUGAAUGUAAUGCGCGAAGUUGAAGGUUAUAAUUAUGAAUAUUCAGAUGAACAACCAACUGAAGAUGCAAUACGUGAUGAGUCCGACUGUCAAGAAACACGUAGUAAGUGGGACAAGCUUUUCAUCAUGUUAGAAAACUCACAGAUGAAAGAAAACAUGCUUUUGCAAUCUAUCAAUGAAAUCCUUAUGAUGGAAAUGCAAAGCCUCCAUGGAGAAAUGGUGCGCUUUGCAAGCAGCUUUGCUGCCACCUGCGCACGUGCCAUCGACACUGCCACCUCCAGUGUCAUGCAGCUGGAGAAGAAGAUGGGAACGAGAGUGCAGCAGAUGCUAGAAACAAAGUUAAUACCAGACAAUGACCAAGGGAAAAUUCUCCUGCAGCUUGUAAAGACGAACGAAGACUUGUUAAGCAAAGUUAACAAUCUGGAGUCUGCGUGGCAAAACAGUGUGUUGAGGGGCACCCAGACUUUCACUCCAUUUCACCAGCAAAAUGAUGCACAGCUAACCACAGAGAGCAUACUUGGUUCGGCAGAUCCCCUUCAGAAAAGUCAGCUUACAAUGCAGUACUUCAUGGACUGGUUGGAUGAGCUUCUCCUUCUGAGAGGUUGUGAAAUGGCACUGGCAUUCCCAAUGCAUUCCAAGAAAACCUUUGCAAGUGUCUCACAUGAAAUUGGUAUGAACCUGAACUCUUUUACAGCAUGUAUGUGGGCCAAACCAACAGAUGUACUGAACAAAACAAUUUUGAUGUCUUAUGGCACAAGGAGAAAUCCCUACGAAAUUCAGCUAUACUUAAACCAGAAAUCAGCAGUUCUGACUGUGGGAGACAAUGAAAACAAAGUGAUAGCUGAAAAUGUGACAACACUUAGAAAAUGGGCCCACAUUUGUGGAACAUGGGACAGUAAUGAAGGACAUGCCGCAGUGUGGGUAAAUGGACAAAACGGAGCUAAUUCUAAUGGCAUAGCUGAGGGCCACAGAAUUCCAGAUGGAGGGAUUUUACAACUUGGCCAAGAGAAAAAUGGAUGUUGUGUUGGAGGGGGGUUUGAUGAAAAGUUGUCUUUUGCAGGAAAACUGACUGGCUUUAAUAUCUGGGGCAGAGUUUUAAAUGAGGAAGAGAUCUUGAAUCUUUACAAUGGGAAAACAUCAUGUGAAAGCACAGGAAAUGUAGUUGGUUGGGGUGUUUCUGAGAUAAUACCACAUGGAGGAAUCACAUUUGUGUUUAGUAAUCAAUAAAUGAAAUGAAUAUUAUAAGAAAAAUGUGGUUCUAAUGUAUAACCAAAACCUGUUAGCAUUCCCAAAUAACCAAAGAUAGAAACUCAGGUGAUGAGCUACAAACCACUAAUCAGAUUGCUGUUCCACUCUUGGGUUAGUGUUCAAAAGACUUGCUAUUUGCUAUUUAUAUUUUUUUCAGAUGAAAGGGUUACAUUAAUAAACUUUCAAGAAAUGAAUCAGUCAGCAAUAACAAAAGUUCUAAUCAGAAGCAUUAUAUGCAAGCUACAGUUCUAAUAUAUUGGAGCAGUGUCUGUAAAAGUCCGUUCCGUUUUAUUAAAUGGCAUCCAGAAAGAUUCAACAGAACACAAUUUGUGUACAUAUCAAUAUUAUCAAAGUAUCUAUUUGUGUAAUUGUGUUAUAAGGUGAAUAUCAUCUUUUUUAGAAAACAUAACACAUUCAAGAAACAUUACCACCAAUUUCUUCAGCUGCCAUUUAGUCUUAUGCAAUCAUUUAGGUUUACCAAACAGACCUUAUUAGUGACUUGGUGUUUCUUUACCAAAGAUGGUUUCAUCAAAGUUAAUAUUUGAUAGCACAUAACCCAUAGAGGAAAUCAGAGCCCUCACUAUCAAUUUCUACCACAAAUGGGAAGUUAACAGUUCACUCAUGUGAAAAAGGGACUAAGGGUGCAAUAAAAGAGGAAUGCCUCAGUAAACAAUGGGCAUUUUAAAACAGCUGCGUAACAUGCCUAUAUAGCAUCAUCACUCUUAAGUAUCCACAUGUAGCACCCAUGUUGAUAUAGUUUAGUAACCAGCAAAUGCUAAUGUCUGAAUAUUUAUAAAUGUAUUAUAUUGUAAAUUUCAUUGUUUAUGAUUAAAGGCAUUGAAAAUAUAAUUUUAAAGUAUUUUUAUAAAAAAAAGUGUUAGGGUGGGAAAGACAUAUUAAACUAUGUUAAUGUUUUUAUUAUUUUGCUUUUUUUGAUGUUUGAAUAAAUGUGAAUUACUACAGUAUUUUUCUAUGUUUUUUAUUUGUUGAAUGUAGACAGUAAUAAAACAUUUGUUCUAAAGGUU